CAUCAUCAAUGGCCGCCACCGUGUUGUCUGUGCUCGCAGCGGAGCGCGGCACCCACGCAGGCCGUCGCGGAAGCUCACGGGGACGCCGAUAGCCGCUAUCUCGCACGGGGCGCCCUGGGCCGGAAGACAUGGGCUCGAAGAAGCACAAAAAGCACAAGCGCGAGAGGCACGAAGCCGAGGGCCAGUACACAACGACGGACAAGCCGCCCAGUCUCAAGUUGAUUUUGAAGGUAGGAGGUAGUACUGGAACGCCCGAGCACGGCGGUGAGUCGCCGAGCCAGGCCGCGAUGCUGUCGCAACAAUACCAGCAACAAUUGGGUCUCAACUAUUCCGUCAGCCAGGGGGACGCGGAGUACGACCGGUAUGUCGGGCACAAAAAGCUCAAGAAGAAGAAGAAGAAGAAAGACAAGCGACACAAGCAUCAUCACAAGGAUAAGAAGAGACGGAGAGAGGAGUCGAGUCAGGAGUCAGUUGGCGACGCCGAUGAGAGCCUGGCCGAGCCUGCGCCGAAGAAAGCCUGUACCAAUCCCAACCAGCUGCUGCCGCCCAGGCCGCCGUCCAGCGGCGAAGUGAGGGUCGGCGUUAGUAACGUGAGUUCUCUGUCGCCUCAUCGCGAGCCUAGAACGUGCGUCCUCAGGAAGAUAGCGGAGCGCACGCCCCUCCAGAGGCUGCUGGAGCACCUGUUGAGGUCCAUGGAGAAGCGGGAUCCGCAGCAAUUCUUCGCCUGGCCGGUCACAGACAGCAUCGCGCCCGGUUACUCGCAGAUAAUCACGAAUCCGAUGGACUUCAGUACCAUAAAGCAAAAGAUAGACGACAAUAACUACCAGAAUUUGCAAGAGUUCGUAGACGACUUCAAGCUCAUGUGCGACAACGCCAUGACGUAUAAUCAUCCCGACACCAUCUACUACAAGGCGGCGAAGAAGCUGCUGCACGUCGGCUUGAAGAUGGUCACGCCGGAGAAGUUGCGGCAGCUCAGGCCGGUCCUGAUGUACAUGAACGAUAUUACGAAGGAGGAGCUCGGAUUUGAGCUGGGCAACGAGGAUCUUAACAAUCCGGACGCUCCCGCGACGGAGGAGCAGAUAGAGCGGGAGCGCGAGCAGGAGGAACGUAACGAGGAGGCGGAGGAGCUUAGAAAGGAGAACCAGAGAAAGAUGAGGCUGGCUAGCUUAGGUAAAUUCGAGGCGAUACCAGACGACAUGACCCCAGAUGAGAUACUGAAGCAGGCUAGAGGCGCGGCGAAAGCGGCGGCGGAGAAGCUCAGUCUGAAGAGGGUCAACUCGAAGAUGGGCUUCCUGCGGCAGAAGAAGGACGGCACCACCAGCCUGCAGAUCAUCGUGCCCGGGGACGGGAUCAUUCCCGGGACCAAUCAGAGACCCGUGUCGCUGGGGCAGCUGAUAGGCAAAUUGAAUCACGGUACUGGAGCCUUGGCUGGAUUUCGGGAGGAUCGGAGGAACAUGUCGAAGCCGGUGAAACCCCUCUAUUAUGGCGCGUUUGGUUCAUACGCACCGAGCUACGACUCGACGUUCGCGAAUCUCACCAAGGAGGAGACCGACCUAGUCUAUCAAACUUACGGUGACGAGACUGCCGUGCAAUAUGCCGAAUCUAUACUAGACUUCGCCAAGGACUGUGAUUACACGUUGACCAUGGUCGACGAUCUGCUGGACAUUCUCACGAGUGGCGAUCAUAGGAAGACGAAGAAAUUCCUCGAGGAAAAGCGAAGGCUGAGGGAGGAGGAGGAGAAGAUCAAGCAUUUACUGGAGAAGCCUAUGCAGGACGUGAAUCGUAACAUUCCGUUGAUGGACAAUGUCAAGGUUGAUCUCGAGCAGCUCAAGACACUGACGGAUAUCGGUAUCGACAUCAACUUCUUAGAGAAUUUAGAAGAAGACCUCAAGUAUAGCGAGGAACGCGCCUCUCUACAAAGCCGUCUCGACGACACGUCGCAGAUGCUGGGACGGCUGAAGCAGGUCCAACACGAGCGUUUGUCGGCACCGCCACCGGCCCACCUGUCCAACGUUCCCAAAGCACCGGACGCAGAGGUAAUGUUGGCCGAGAAGAUCACCGACAAUCUCACUGACAUAGCGAAGAAACUGCCGCCGUCGGGGAUCGCGCCGGUCGACGGAUUGCGUCGAGCGAUGGGCAUAGCACCCUUGGGCGGACCGGAGCCCAUGGAGGUCGAGCCGAUCACGCACAACCCCGCCAUAGUCGCCGACAGCUCGUUACUGCCGAAUCCGAACAAUGGCAACAAUCAGGUGCUGUCGAACCUGUUGCCGGCCCCGUCGCCAAUUUCGAACGCGAGUCUACUGAGCCCGGCCGGUCAGCCGAGUCAGAGUAUCGGUAUCGUGGGCGCGAAUCAGCCGCCGCCGCCGCCGAUUCAGAUGCAGAUCGGUAUGACGCACAGCAGUCAGACGCCACCGUCUUUACUCAGCGCGUCGGAACCGUCCGGCGUGGCUGAUCUCGAGUCCGAGCUGCGCGAAUUCCUAGAGAGCGAUCCUACGCUGGGCCACUCACCUCUCCAUGACGACAAAACACUGGAAGACAUCCUGUCUGAAUCUUAGUGCGCGCGCGGUAAUCCGAAACGUAAUUUAUAAAUAGAUAAAUAUAUAUAUAUAUAUAUAUAUUAUAAAUAUACACAGAAUUCUGUACAUUUUCUUAUUGAUACGCUACUUUCGCAUGUACGAUUAAUAAAUGAUCAUAUCCUGUGUCUGGUUUUAA